AUGCGUCUGCUUGAGUUUUUUGGUCUUAUGGCCAUAAUAGGAUGUGCCACAGCACAAACAACGGUGGAUCCUUGUGUGGAACAAGGGAUUGUUGUUGACCAGUUACUGCCUCACCCGAAUGAUUGUACGAAGUACUUCUCCUGUUACGGCGGCAAAGGCUACGAACUAACCUGCCCUGAUGGAAAAUAUUUCAAUGCCACUGAAGAGUGGUGCGAUAUUUCUAGCAAUGUGGACUGCGUAACUAACAAUUGCCCUCCGGAAGGUGUUGUAUAUCUGCCUGUACCCAACGAGUGUGAUCGAUACACAAUUUGCAUUGCCGGAAAGGCUUAUGAGGGUACUUGCAGUGAUGGUUUAUUUUUCGACGAAAAGGUGCAAGAGUGCAAUUUGCAGGGUGAAUCUAACUGUGUAGUGAAUCCCUGCAUCCCACCUCCAACGGUUCCGACCGACACUCCCUCAAUUCACCCGAAUCCGGGAAAUUGUCAACAGUAUAUCAUUUGCUUGGACGAUGAGCCGAUUUUAAGGGACUGUGCACCAAAUCUUUUCUUUGAUCCACUUGAAUUAAAAUGCACAUUAGAAGAUAAUUGCAGUCCGACUACUAUCCCACCCGUGAUGAAUGAACCUGAAAUGGAUAUUUGGUAG